AUGUACACAGUAGGAGAGAAUACAGUCCACAUCGCAGACAUAGGAGAUGAAACGUACAAGGUAGGAUACGCAGGAAGCGAGUACCCCGUCCUCUUUGAAAAAACAGGAAAAUCCCCGAACGAGAUACUCUCUCACGCCAUAAGCGAGCUCUCUGACGACCCGCAGAGCAUCCCCCUCAUAAAGAUCGAGGAUCCGUUCACGCACAAAGAGACUCGAAAAAAGACGCUUUCCCACUUAAUGGAGUCUUCCCUGUGCUCGGGCGUGCUUUUUAUCAACGGGGCUGUCUCUGACUGCUUCAGCUUCGGGAAAAGUGCCGGUCUUAUGAUACGUCUUUGCGGGGGAAGCACGCAAGUGAUCCCCGUUGUUGACGGAUACUGCAUCAGCGGAGGGAUAAGGAGCAGCGUAGGCGGGAAAGCCGUUACAAAGCACGUUCUGAACCUUCUCCGGGAAAAAUCAGAGAAAUCAGGGACUGAUCUUUUAGUUCCUCCAACUGCGAUAGAGGAGCGCCAGAAGGUGGCUCUAGAGCAGAUGCCCCUCUUUAAGGAGAAGGCUUCGUAUAAAAGUCUCCCAGAAAGCGAGAAACUGCCUUUCCAAAUGGAAGUUGCCCGGUGCUUUAAGGAGUCUGUCUCUUUCCUGGGGCACUGCCAGCCAAAGUACUACGAAUUUGCAACGGGAUAUUCAAGCCGCGUCUUUUCAGAGAGAAACUCCAUCCCCGAGCAGCUCUUCCUGGGGGAGUCCGCGGAGAUGGAGAGACUUGAUCCAAUGAAGCAAAUAGCAGGAAGCCUGGAGGGAAUGGGGCUCUUGGAUAUGGUAAAGUGUGCGAUGGAGUCCGUUGACUUGGAGUACUACGACAUGCUCUUGGGAAAUGUCAUGGUUUCAGGAGGAGGGUCUUUAGUGCCUGGGAUAACGGAAAGACUCCAGGCAGAUCUUAUGCGCAUAUAUCCGAAUGCGAGAGUGAAGGUAAACAACGACAGAAGGGAGUUUAGCACGUUCUUUGGGGGGUCAAUCCUUGGGUCAAUUGGAGCUACGGGAACACUUAUGAUCACAAAGGCUGAGUAUGAAGAGUGCGGGAUCAGUGCCUUGGAAAGAAAACGGUCUGAGUGGGUUAAAUAA